GGGAUCGAGGGGUUAUAUUCGAGGCUGAGAGAGAGAGAUGUUUAAUCAGGAAGGGGGGGAUCGAGGGGUUAUAUUCGAGGCUGAGAGAGAGAGAUGUUUAAUCAGGAAGGGGGGGAUCGAGGGGUUAUAUUCGAGGCUGAGAGAGAGAGAGAUGUUUAAUCAGGAAGUGGGGGGAUCGAGGGGUUAUAUUCGAGGCUGAGAGAGAGAGAUGUUUAAUCAGGAAGUGGGGGGAUCGAGGGGUUAUAUUUGGACGGAGUGUGGGUUGUGGCCAGAUUCCCCCGGGCCCCUCUCAUUCGGACCCCAGGGCGUGGGGAGUGAGGGGUGGGGGGUGGUGUCAGAGGGUCGCCGGGCGACUUCCCUGUCUCCGGGGAGACCUUGACCUUCAGAUGCUCGUCACUUUGAGACCGAUUGUGAGCUCACAAUCUCCAGAGCGACGUUGUGACGACCGUCCUCGGUCGCUGUGACGAUUAACGCCCCCCCCCCCCCGACUUAUUUCGGGGGUGGGGGAGCUGUUGUCUGUGGGUGGGGUGGUUGGUACGGGGGGGCUGGUUCCAGGCCAUCGCUCCCACUUGCCUCCUCCUUCGAUGCCCGCAGACGGUGGGAGAGGGCAGGGUGAGCUGUGUGACUGGGUGAGGGUGGGCGUUCUUCAGCGAUGCAUCUCUGUACCUGGACAGUCGUGGCACUGCUGCAGUUCUCCAUCGCUGAACUGGAUUUUGUGCAGGUUUUUGACAUCCUCAUCUCAGCCGAAGGCAGCAACUCCUCGUUUCACCCAGAGAUCCUGUUCCUGAACGGGUCUGGCUUCACCCUCGCCAAAGUCGGUGACAUUGCCACCCUGUACUGUCACAUCAUGUUGUUGGGCGAGUCGGCCGAGCCACGCUACGCUGUACGCUGGGAGGCGAGUCGCUACGGUGAGCUGACAGUGGCCCAGUUUGACCAGAGCCAGGACGAAGGCCCCUUCAUCCACCCGGCCUACCGAGGCAGGCUCAGUCUGGUCUCCCAUGGCCCCGAAAGCCUGCUGCACUUUGACCCUGUCCAGGAGCAGGACUUUGGAGAGUACCUCUGCAAGGGGCAUGUGGUGGGCCAGGAGGGUGAGACCUUCACCUCGCUGUCUGUCCUGGCCGAGGAUACGCAGCCGGAACUGGAGGCCGCUACCACCUCGGACAGUGCCAACCGCACCCUGACGUCCCUAAGCAGCUCGGGCAGGGUGAGGGCGCGGCUGGGAGCCUCUGCCCAGCUGGAGUGCCGGAUGGAGGCGGGCGAUGGUGACAGAUAUGCGGUGCAGUGGGAGACCGCCGGUGGUGGGGUGGUUGUCUCUCGGGUGGACCAGGGUGAGCCAGCGGCCAACUACCUGAACCCCCGCUACGGGCAGCAGCUGAGCGUCAGCCUCUUGGAUGGGACCACGCGCCUCAGUUUCCACUCGGUGCGCCAGGACGACUUCGGCGAAUAUGCCUGCAACGUUUGGCUCUCUGGGCACCCUGAGCACACAGUCACUGCGUACACCACGCUGGAGGAAGAACCCCUCUCUGUCAGCCCAGUGGUGGAGACCGAGGCCCCCCUGGUGCCCAGUAGCCGUGCCCCGCAGCACCAGACGCCCGGGGCCCGGAUCGUGGCCCUCACCACGUCUGGGAAGGUGACUGCCCGCCUGGGCUCCCCUGCCACCCUGAGCUGCCGGGUCAUGGUGGUGAACGCUGAGCCGGAGACCCGGUACCGUCUGGCCUGGUCCUCCCAACGCCACCCCAAUCUGACACUGGCGCAGAUCGACCAGGGGAGGGGGAACGCGGCCUGGGUCCACCCCAGCUACCGGGACCGGCUCAGCCUGACGGCCAACGGGGGCUCCAGCCGGCUCCACUUCGGCACCGUCACCGACGAGGACCCCGGCGAGUACGUCUGCAAGGCUGGCAUCUCGGGCAGCGGCACCGACGACCUGACCUCACCCGUCCUCCUGCUCAAAGCCAAACCGAGGAUUCUGCCAGCCUCAUCAGAAACUGCGAUCCUGUGGCUCAUCCUGCAUUUCUUUGUCAUCCUGUUUGCAAUGACCAUUGGAAUUGGCUCCUGCUUUCUGUCAGGAACGAAGAAUCGAAUCCUGCCAGAGCACGUGUGAAGUGCCCAGCGCUGGGAGGGGUUGGUGGGGCGGGGUGGCAGUGUUUUUGGGGGCGGGCGGGGGGUGUACCGCAGACUCGCCUGAGCCGGAAAUGGAUGUUUGUUUUGUGAUUUUGUCUUUUUUUUUAACAAGAAAAUAGCCAAAGUACUUAGUCGUAAUAAAGAGUGGAACCAUUAAAACGUU